AUGUCUUCCCCCUCUCCAGAUCCUGGGCCCUCCCAGGACUCUGCUGAUGCUGGCCAAGCCGAUCGGCAGCAGGCCCCCGCCGGCGCCGCAGCCGUUCGCUUCUCUUCGGCUAUCGAGGAGAUCGUUCCCGAGUCAGCCGACAGCGGAGAGAAGGAUGAUGCCUCCUCUCCUCCUCAAGGGAUACCAUCUGUCCAGGAACCGAGGGGUCCGGCAAAGCCCGCCCAGGGUCUGCUGCUGCAGGAGCGUCGCCUCAGCACCUACCAGUUCGAGACCUUCUCGCUGCCUGCGUCUAGAGCCGCCUCUCGCGAAGAUGAAUCGUCAUCCGAUACAUCCCGCCUUCCGACGCCCAACUCGCCGCGCCACCAGCAUUUCCCGUCCCACGGAAGCCCCAAGCUUACCGGAGUCUCGUCGCCGCCCCUCACACCUUCCGGCUCGGGCAAUACGAUCCCGGACAGCAAGAGACCCGUCAAGGACGCCGACGCGGCGUCCUUGGGUGCCGGUGACGGCCAAGCUAUUACCCCGCAGGCGUCCAUGUCGCACGAUGGCAAGUCGCCGCGCUUCGCCCAGCGCCAGUCCCUCGCCCACCGCCCGGCCUCGUCGGACCACGUGCCGCGCCGGUCGACAUCGAUGGAGGACAGGCAGGCCGACGCCGGCACCGGCGUCGGCGUCGCCGGCGGGGCAGACCUCCGAUCGCAUCGGCGCAUGCUGGGCCACGGAGGAGCCUCGAUGCCCGGCUCCCGAGAGUCCAGCCCGUCGAGGACCGCGUCCAGCAUCUUCUCCAAGCCCAUGACGCCCGGCGGGGACAUCAACGACCCUUAUGCCAAGGGCCGGCGCCCCCCUCAGAGCCACCACUCGCCCAGGACCAUCAUCGACCCCCGCUUCGUCUUCUCGCGCAAGAAGAAGAGCUCGUCCGCCAACUCGUCGACGACCAACGUGUCCGAGAAGCUGGCCGGCGGCGCCUUCAACAGGAACUCGAGCAACGAGGCCGCCGUCGCCAGCGACGCGGCCUCGACGCAUAGCGGACACGCGAGCUCCAUGUCCGACCUGAAGCGCUUCUUCAAGGGUGGGCGCCACAAGGGAGGCCACCACCACGGCCACGGCAACCACCACAGGAACAAGAGCCGCCAGGCCUCGCCGGCCCCCUCGGCGACGAGCGCCAGGAACACGUCGGCCUCUCGCGCUCCGCAGCAGGUCCCCUUCGGCGAGGACCACGCGCUCACGACCAAGUACGGCAAGAUAGGCAGGCUGCUGGGCGCGGGCGCGGGCGGCGCCGUCCGGCUGCUCAAGCGCAAGGAGGACGGCACCGUCUUCGCCGUCAAGGAGUUCCGCCCCAAGCACGCGUACGAGAGCGACAGGGAGUACGCCAAGAAGGUGACGGCCGAGUUCUGCGUGGGCUCGACGCUGCACCACGGCAACAUCAUCGAGACGCUCGACAUCGUCCGCGAGAACUCGACGUGGUAUGAGGUCAUGGAGUACGCCCCCUACGACCUCUUCGCGACUGUCAUGACGGGCAAGAUGUCGCGCGAGGAGGUCCGCUGCAGCUUCCUCCAGAUCCUCAACGGCGUCACGUACCUGCACAGCCUGGGGCUGGCGCACCGCGACCUGAAGCUAGACAAUGUCGUCAUCAACGACAGGGGUAUCAUGAAGAUCAUCGACUUUGGCAGCGCGCACGUGUUCCGGUAUCCGUUCGAGUCGGAUAUCGUCAAGGCAAAGGGAAUCGUGGGAUCCGACCCCUAUCUCGCGCCGGAAGUGCACAAGGAGAAGGAAUACGACGCCGCCGCCGUCGACAUCUGGUCCCUGGGCAUCAUCUUCUGCUGCAUGACGCUGCGCCGGUUCCCCUGGAAGGUGCCCCAGCCGUCUGACAACUCGUACAAGCUGUUUGCCUCGGAGCCGACAGAGGGCCACGACCCCAAGACUCUGGUGCAUCCCAAGAAGAAGGCGAGCGAGCACCCGGACGGGGAGCAGCCACGCAGCGCCCCCGCAGAGGAUGCCACCGCCCAGGCUGGGGACGCGUCCGGCAGGGAGGCGAAGCCUGGCAGCGAGCACGCCGGCGCCCCCCCUGCCGACAGCAGCGGCGAUGGCGGCAACGACGGCAGCGCCGCCGCCGCCGCCGCCGACGACGACGACGACCCGCACGCCCGCCACCACAGCCCCGGACACCACGGGGGUCAUCACGGGCACCACGGCAGUCGCCACGGCGGCAGCCACCACGGGCACCACAAGAGGACGGGCUCGGGAGCUGCAGCCGCGGCACGGCCGCCGGAGGGUGCUGGCGGAAACGAUGCUGCCGGCGCCGGCGGCGCUGCCGAUGCCGCUGCCGACGCUACCGGCGACGGGCCAGCUCCUGCAGAGGUCACCAAGGACCAGCAGGCACAGCAGCAGGGCGAGAAGAAGGAAGUGAUCCGCGGCCCGUGGAGGAUCCUCCGCCUGCUCCCGCGCGAGUCCCGCUACAUCAUCUGGCGCAUGCUCGACAUCAACCCCAAGACCCGGGCCACGCUCGAGGAGAUACUGAGCGAUGCCUGGGUGGCUGACUCGCAGAUGUGUCACCAGCUGGACGACGGGGAGGUUGUGCCGGCGGACGAUCACAAGCAUGUCCUGCAGCCUCCCAGCGCUACAUGA